AUGUAUAACAUUCAUUAUGAUCACAUCAGUCAAAUAUAUUUAUUUUCUGCUUCAAUUGCAUCACAUACUAGUUGGGCUAUAGAUUAUACAGAUAAAAUAUUAAUGUUCGAUCAUGAAAAUGAUUUACUUCGAAGACUUUUUAAUGAUAUAGAACAACAUUUGCGUCAACAAGGUGAACAAUAUCUUAAACAAACUAAUCAUUGUAAAGAUUAUGCAGAACUAUUUAAACAAGAUCAAUGUGGUUAA